AUGUCUUCACCAAUCCCUUACAAUCACAGAAACGCUCUAGCCUCCACCAUCGCAGCCGACAAUGCCUCUUCUAUAGCCGGCAAAAUCGUCCUCACCACAGGCGUAACGCAAGGUGGUAUAGGCUCCUUUUUCGUUCAAGAAAUCGCAAAGCAUAAGCCCGCUCUGCUGAUUCUCGCCGGACGCUCGCCCUCAAAAGUGCAUGCUACAGUUGACAAGAUCAAAGCCACGCCAGAAAGCGCGGAUGUCGUAACGCGCGUCCUGAUUUUGGACCUCGCGUCUCAACAACUGGUUCGGGACGCCGCUGAAGAAGUCUUGAGCUACGCGGAAGACCACAUUGAUGUGCUUGUGAAUAGCGCAGGCAUAAUGGCAGGCCCCUACCGCACUACAAAAGAAGGUAUCGAAUUACAAUUUGGCAGUAACCACAUCGGGCAUUUCCUCUUCACCAACCUUAUUAUGCCGAAAAUCCUAGCUUCCAAAUCACCCAGAAUCGUCAAUGUAUCCAGCGACGGGCAUCGCUUUAGCGCUGUGCGUUUCGAAGAUCCAAGUUUCUCGGGUGGAGUAGCGUAUGAUGAGUGGGAGGCGUACGGGCAGAGCAAGACGGCAAACAUACUGUUCUCAAAAGCACUUGCGGAGAAACUGGGCCCUCGGGGGCUGAAGGCGUAUAGUCUACAUCCCGGACAAGCCCUGGGCACGUCGCUGGCUCCACAGGGAUUUACAGAUGACGAUCUGGCGACUCUAGUUGCAAAGGACAAGGAGAUUGGCUGGGAUCGUGGAUUUGACUUUAGGAGUCUCGAUGAGUGCGCGGCUACGCAUGUUGUUGCUGCGUUUGAUGCGAGGCUGGAUGGUUUCAAUGGCGCAUAUCUCGAGAAUGGAAAAUUGUCUGAUGACGUGCAGUCGACUGCAGAAAAACCCGAGGAUGUCGAGAAGCUGUGGAAGCUGAGCGAGAAGCUCGUACACGAGACCUUCACAUACUGA